CAAAAAUAGUAAUCUGCCAAGAAUCAGAAGAAGAAGAGGAAUGACGCCAUAAGGCUGCCACUUGCUCUCUGCUGUCUGUGUGUGAUUCGGCUGAAGAAAGGAUAGUGUCCAAACGCAGGAAAAACUCCUGGUCAAGUGACUGAGAUCCACGUGACACGAUUAUAAAAAUGGAGUUUAUUAAAGAGGAGUGUGAAGAAAUGAAGAUUCAAGAAACAUUCAGAGACAAACGAGAAGAAACUGAGGAACAAACAGACCUAAUGGCAUUGAAAGGGGGAAAAGUACUUAAUGAAAUUGGAGAGGAAGAUCAACAUGAGUGUCUUCAAAAGACAGGAACUAGAAGUUUUUUUUCUUGUUUGAGUCAACAAGGAAACCUGAAAGUCCACGUGAGAAUUCACACUGGAAAAAAGCCUUUCACGUGCCCUCAGUGUGGAACAAGUUUCACGCGUAAAAUAGGUCUUAAAAGGCACAUGAUAAUUCACACUGGCGAAAAGCCUUACACAUGCCCUAUAUGUGGAAAAAGUUUCUGUCAAAAUGGAAACCUUAAAGUUCACAUGAGAAUACACACUGGGAAGAGCUAUAUCACCUGCCAAGAGUGUGGAAAAAGUUUCACUUGUAAAGCAAAUCAUGACAGACACAUGAAAACUCACACUGGAAAAAAGCCUUUCACCUGUGAAACGUGUGGAAAAUGUUUCACUCGUAAAUUGGGUCUUAAAAGACACUCGAGAAUACACAAUGGGGAAUGUCCCUUCACCUGCCAAUUUUGUGGAAGAAGUUUCAAUCAAAAAGGAACCCUUAGCAGGCACAUGGGAAUUCACACUGGGGAGAAACCUUUUUCUUGCCAACUGUGUAGAAAAACCUUCACUCGUAAAACAGGUCUUGAAAGGCACAUGGGGACUCACACUGGAGAAAAGCCUUAUAUAUGCUCUCAAUGUGGAAAAAGUUUCAUUCAACGUGGAAACCUUAUAGUCCAUAUGAGAAUACAUAAUGGAGAAAGUCCCUUUACCUGCCAACAAUGUGGAAAAAGUUUCAACCAUAAAGGAAGCUUUAACAGGCACAUGAGAACUCACACUGGAGAGAUGCCUUACAUAUGCCCUCACUGUGGAAAGACUUUCGAUCAAUAUGGAAACCUUAAUGUCCAUAUGAAGAUUCACACUAUGGCCUAGCAAUAAAACGAUAAUCUGAUCGGUAUUGCUCACACAACCAUAUCCAAAAAAGGGCUUGAAUAUAGUGAAGAACAUUACAUUUCUUGAUUUAUUUUAAAAACUGUGCUGGCGCUUUAACAGGAGAAAUCCUGGGUCAUGAACAAUAGUGUUAGAAGGCUUUUCAGUGGAUUUACUAUAGGAACACAAACUGCUCCAUGACAUUAUGGCAGAAAUGUGAAAUAUAUAUGGAAUUUUAAUAUAU